AUGGAAAAUUAUUGUGGCCGAUUUGUCCAAAAAUACCAUAAAUACCAGGUGCACGGAGAUCUGAUCAAAGUACCACCCCACGAGCUCAAUGCGAUGAGUUCCCCUUGGCCAUUUGCAGCCUGGGGCAUGGAUGUUAUUAGACCGAUUGAGCCUGCUACCUCCAAUGAGUCUAUCAUCACAAACAAUAGAGCAAAUCUGAAUAAUCAGUUGAUGAAAGAGAUAUGUGAACAAUUCAAAAUUACCCACAGCAAUUCAACUACAUAUCGCCCUCAGAUGAAUGGAGUUGUGGAAGCUGCUAAUAAGAACAUCAAGAGGAUACUGAGAAAGAUGAUUAACAACUACAAAUGUUGGCAUGAAAAUUUGUCUUAUGCUUUGCUAGGUUACCGCACCACAAUCCAAACCUCAACUAGAGCAACUCCUUACCUAUUGGUAUACGGAACAGAAGCAGUAAUACCAGCUGAAGUUGAGAUACCAUCUUUAAGGUUUAUUCAGGAAGCUAAAUUGAGUGAUGCCGAGUCGGUCCGUGAUCGAUAUGAGCAAUUAACAUUGAUUGAUGAGAAAAAAAUGAGUGUUGUUUGUCAUGGUCAGUUGUAUCAAUAG